AUGUCGCUGUAUGACGAUCUUGAUACAAUUAAAGCUCGAACCACCGAAAAGGUGGCGGGUUGGUCUUCGGGAAUAAAACUAUUACAAUCGCAGUUACAAUUAAAAAAAGCAGCAGUCACCCAGCCCAAGCGUGAAGCCUUACGACGUUCUACUCAGGUGCUUACUCCGGUAAUAGAUUUGAAGAGCAAACAAAAGGAUGACGACGAAUCUAAUUCAAACAGCCCUAAAAGCCAAGGAAAAACAUUGACUGCUUCGCUGAAUGUUCGAGAUUUUGAUUGGAAUGUUGCUAAUGAAUAUGAUCCAAUGUGGCCUAAUGAUUAUGAAAAGGUUGCCAAAGAAAUACAAGCAAAAAGAUUGCAGUCAGAUGGGGAUCGAGGUGAUCGAUCAGAAAGGAAACGAAAAAGUAGGUUUGGUGAUGAGGAGGAGAUUAUACCAGAAAAAACUCUUGUGGCUAUGCAACCAGAAGAAGAGGAAGCAGAGGAAAUAUCAAAGAGGUCAGCUGGUGCAGCAAUAGCACCUCCGCCCUCCUUGACUGUAGAAACAGCAUCCCCUCCACCAAUGCCUCCAACCAUACAAACACCACCCCCAUCUGUGGGCUUCUCUAUUGGAGGAUACGGCGCAAGUUCUGUUGCAGCUAAAAUCAUGGCUAAAUACGGUUUUAAGGAAGGUCAAGGAUUGGGUAAAAAGGAACAAGGAAUGUCAGUGGCUCUGCAAGUGGAAAAAACUUCGAAAAGAGGUGGUCGCAUUAUUCAUGAGAAGGAUGGAGGUUCUGUUAUGCCUCCACCUGGAUUUGCUAUGCCUUCCUUACCAGGACCAGAUUCUCCAAAUGCCUCCAAUUCACCACAUUCAUUUAAUCGGGAGCCAUCCAUUACAGAGAUAAUGAAAUCUCCCAGUAAAGUGGUGUUGUUGAGAAAUAUGGUUGGUCCAGGAGAUGUAGAUGAAGAAUUAGAACCUGAAGUAAAAGAUGAAUGUAAUACUAAAUAUGGAGAUGUUAUAAAAGUAUUAAUAUUUGAGAUGCCUAAUGCACCACCAGACGAAGCUGUCAGAAUUUUUGUUGAAUUUAAACGUAUCGAAAGUGCAAUCAAAGCUGUUGUCGACCUUAAUGGCAGAUUUUUUGGAGGAAGACAAGUUAAAGCUGGUUUUUAUGAUGUUGAAAAAUUUGCUGCUUUACAAUUGACUGAAUAG